AUGGGUGAGCUUGUAAAUGCUGCAAGAACAUUAGGUGAAACAGGAAAUUUUGUAGAUGGUUUUAAAAGACUUGUUUCAAAUGUUUUAACAAACACAAAGAAAUUAUUUAAAUAUACCAUACAUAACGGACGGAUUUUCGAACAGAUAGCAACAAACCCUCCGGUUAUGGCUGCGUUGAUGAUGGUUAGAGAUAUAAAACCACGUAACGACGGGAACGAAGAACAUGAACAACAGGAUACUGGUCGGGUUAUUCGAGACAUUAAAAACGUGUAUCCUGAAGUUAUUGAUUUAUUUAGAGGAGUUAAUGAUUCAAUUUCAAAACAUUCUAUAACCCUCGAUGAAGAGAAUAAAUUAACAGAUUAUAUAUUCGUCAUUAUUGCAGAAUUAAUGAAGAGAAUAAAUGAAAAAGGAAUUGGUGAUAUCAUUAAUGUCAGCGAUGUAAUGAUGAAAAGAAAUUUUGACUCAUUAUUUACAGAACCGAAAACAGAAUAUAGUCUUUAUGACGUAAUUACCGAAUUAAUGAAAAAGAUUAAUGAUAAUAAGAGUUCUGGCGGAAGAGUUGAAUUAGAAGUGAAUGAUGUUAAUGAGAAAUUAGCCGAAAAAGCAGACAAAAAUGAGCUUUUAGCUCUGAGUGAUAAAGUCAAGAACCACGUUCAUUAUAUAACUUCAGACGAACAGAUUAUAACGGACUACCAUGGAUAUUUAACACAGGAUGAACAAAUAAGCACUGAAGAUGUUAAUGAAAGAAGAUAUAAAUACAUUCGUGCUAAAGGUUAUGACAUAAGCUGUACUGUACAUUAUGACACGGGUAAAGCGCUAGAAGC